UCAUUAACACGCUACCAGCUGACGGCCUCAAAAUGAGGCUGAAGAAUAUUUUCAACCCCAAUUAUACGGAUCAGAACUGGCGAAAGCCUCUGGCACCGGCCUCGAAUCCACUAGCUUUAGAGGAGAUAUCACUUCAAAGUACACCAGGCGAACAUGCUCCCAAUCCGACCUCAAAGGGUUCCCAGCAUCAUGAAGAACCCGUUCUCAGGAAGCGCCACGCAGCUACGGCGAUGGAAUUGUUCUUCGACCUUUUUUUCGUAGCAAAUCUUGGAAGCUUCACGUCAACCCAUGAUAUUAACACGGUCCAAAAUUUAAAGUCAUAUAUCGGUUACAUAACCAUUCUAUGGUUCUACUGGUUCCAAACUGUGCUCUUCGAUCUCAGAUUUCACUCGGAUUCGAUCUUGUCGCGGAUAUUUACGGGCAUGCACCUAGGAGUCAUGACCGGUUUCGCAGUUCUCGCGCCUAAUUUCGAUACCACCGAUCCUCUUAACCACCCACGUCGCUUCCGCAAUAUGGGCCUUCUCCUCAUGGUAUCCCGUCUGGUCCUUGUACUCCAGUAUGCCAUCGUGGCUUGGUACAUUCGAGGCUAUAAGAAGACUCUUAGCGCAAAGAUUAUGACAACAGGAAUACUCUUUGCUUCGGCUAUGGUAUUUUUGGCUUUGGCUGUUACUACGCAGAUGCGACGUGGCAGAUACGCAUAUCUAGGAUGGUAUAUCGUACCAGCAAUAGAAGCAUUAGCCAUGGUUUCAAUAUCCAGUAUCUGGAAAGUGUUAAGUUUCAAAGGGACUCCGAUCGUUGAGCGAUUCGGAGGUAUGACUCUUAUUGUCCUAGGAGAAGGUACUGUUGGAAUGACUAAAGCGGUGACAAGUAUCGCUAAGGGGACGUCAUAUCCGACGGCGUCAUCCAUUAUAUUGAUCACUUGCUAUAUUAUCAUCCUCUACUUUAUGUACAUGAUCUAUUUCGACCAAACCGACGAAAAUCGUUUCGGAUAUAUUCGCCAACAGAUUUGGGCUAUUUUCCACUUCCCACUGCAUAUGUCCAUUCUCAUCACUUCUGAGGGUAGUCGUGCUUUCGUACUUUAUAGUGUUGCCAAGGGUAUCUACGAGACAGCGUUUAAACACUCCAAUGCCUCGAAGGUGUCUGAAACAACAUCUCAGGUAGUUGACACACUUAAACUCAUAGUUCACAACCUCAGAGCGCGGCUCAGAAAUACUCAAGACGUUCCCGACCUCAAUUACAUCUACAAUAAUAUCACGGCGAUUGAAAACCUUGAAGCAGAUUCUGAAAAGCUGGGAGAUCUUAUCGCAGAAUUUACUGGUCGGCUCUUCAUCUGGAUCAUGCGCUCCUUUGGUAUUGACGCGACUCCCCAGAAAUCUACCAGCCAAAAAGACAGUGAGCAAUUGGCCAAAUUGACCGAUAAGCUCUUUCUGGUGUUCCGGUUCUUUUUCAUCGCUGCAGGACUUGUUCUCAUCUUUAUGGCUGUGCUUCACUGGUUUUCCAAGUCCCAUAAGAGCAGAGGCGAGGUUUUGUCAAUCAUAACCACCACCACCAUUGGCAUUGGUUUGUCCUUGACCUCUAUAAUGGCUCUAUAUGAUGAGCAAGACGGAGAAAGUGCCUUUUACUAUUAUCUCAACAGCGGAUGGAUUGUCCCAACUGUUACUCUUGCCUAUGCCCUUGUGGUUGCAAUCGACAACAGCAUUAUAGUGAUUUCUCACAAACGAAGAAUCAGAUAUGUCGCUCAGGCGUAUCGACAGGUCCCUUGACAAACAUGUACUUCACAUUUUCUUCUGCAACUACUUGCUUCUGAUUUAUUUAUGGCAUUAUCGGCCAUCAACUGUUAAUUAAUUUCAGCAUUUAGGCUACCGGAAAUAGAAAGAUGAAAUUGAAUUUCAUGAGGGCCAUGGAGGUUACACCUUGUCCUAUAUUUCUAACACAGCAAUC